GUGUGUGUGUGGGGGGGGGGGGGGUUAGAGCGGUGUGGUUCUUCCGUUUUUUGCUUUCUCUACCGACAGAAACGACUCCACAAAGAGCAGAAAGGGACUAAAAAACAUUUACUUUGUGUCUUGUAACUUUUGUUAACUUCUCUCUUUCGCUGUCAGCUCCUUUUGGUUGGUUCAACCUUAACUAUACUUGGCUAUGGACUUCUCUCGGAAUGUGCCAGUCUCCGGUGGCUUGCAGUCAGAACUGCCGCCGGAGCAGCUUAUGUCUCCGGCUCCCUCUUCGCUUGGGGGUUUUUCUGGUUCUUUGGACGACCUUUUCCCAGCUGAAAACACGGAAGGUGAUGUUGGCUUAGAAUGGCUCUCAAUAUUUGUAGAGGACUGCUUAUCCAGCAGUGGAAACUGUAUCCCAGCACCUAAAAGUACCCAAAACAACCAAAAGCCAAAAGCCUCAAAGCCCUUACAGAGAAACCAUCAUAACCCAUCUCUUCAUCAAGACUUUGUAAUCCCACCAGGCAAGGCCAGAAGCAAAAGGAAAAGAGCUACUGCAGCCCCUUUAAGCAAUUGGUCUCAUAUGGGAGUAUACCCACAAAACCAAAUCCUUCAUCUCAGCUCCUCAGAUCCUCCUCUACUCCGGCAAGCAUAUUGGUUAGCUGAUAGUGAACUCAUUCUGCCCAACAAGGUGAACAAUAGUAGUAACAGCAACACCUGUAUCAGCAGAAAAACAAGAGAUGGAGAGGAAAGAAGACAGGAGAAAGUGGAGGUGGUGGUGAGCAAGGAGAGCUCAGAGGGUGGUGGUAAUGUGGUUGUGCAGCCAAGGAGGUGCACUCAUUGUCUGUCUCAAAGGACACCACAGUGGAGGGCAGGUCCUCUAGGUCCCAAAACACUGUGCAAUGCAUGUGGGGUGAGGUUCAAGUCAGGCAGGUUGCUGCCUGAGUAUCGGCCAGCCAAGAGCCCCACCUUUGUGAGCUAUAAGCACUCCAACUCUCACAAGAAAGUGAUAGAGAUGAGGAUGUCUUUGCCCUCCUCUGUUCAUACUGAGUAGUAACAGUAGCGGUAUUAGUAUCAUUAAUUUCUUCUUUCUCCAUCUCCAUAUGUAAAGAUCAUCAGACUCAGUCCCCCCCCCCCCCCCUUUCUCUUGGAACAAGAUGGUUAUUAUAUUUAAUCUUACACCAGUUAAGCCCCAACCCUUCUUCCCCAAUGAAGCAGGAGAGUCCUAAAAGGGCAUUCUAUUUCGACUCAAAGAAUCAUUCCUGAUUAGUGUGGAUAAAUCUUUCUACUUCCAUUUUUACUGCUA